CUAGAGCGUUAGUAUGAUCUACGUAAUGUACACAGUGAUUUGAAAAUAAUAAACUUUUUUAACUUCCUCGUUUAAAACUAAAAAUGUUUGGAACUAUUUUAAUUUUCAUAGAUAUAUUUCUUUAUUGCAAAGGUAACAGUGUUUAUUUAGCCGGAUAUCAUGGCAGAAAUUAUGGUCGAGUGGAAAUAUAUACGAACAAUAUGAACGGGACAAUCUGUGACGACAGCUGGGACAAUGACGAUGCAAGAGUAGUUUGCAGAGAGCUCGGUCUUCCCACGUCUUAUGCUACAGCCUUGAGUUCCGCCACUUUGGGUUUAGGCUCUGGGCCAAUCUGGAUGGAUGAUGUAGAUUGUCGUGGAACAGAAAGCAAAAUUACAUCAUGCAGCUUUCCUGGAUAUGGAAAACACAACUGUGAUCAUAGCGAAGAUGCUGCAGUUUUAUGCCAAGGGACUUAUCUGUCCAUAUACUUCGGCGGAAACCAUGGAACUAACUUUGGAAGAGUUCAGGUAAUAACUGGAAGAAAUAAGUCAAUCGGAACAGUGUGUGACGAUGAAUGGGACGAACACGAUGCAGCUGUUGUUUGUCGACAACUUGGACAUCCUACGUCUUAUCCGCGGCCAAUGACAAGUGCAUACUUUGGAACUGGAACGGGUCCAGUAUGGCUGGACAAUGUCGGCUGUAGCGGUACUGAAGCAAAUUUGAACUCGUGUUCUAAAAAUAGCUUGGGAAAUAAUGACUGUGGCCAUUCAGAGGAUGCUGGCGUGAUAUGUGGAUAUAAUCUCGAAGUUCGCCUGAAAAAUAUGGAAGUCACUUCAAACCAUAAUAAAGACGGGAUAAUUCAGAUUCUGUUCAAAGGUCAUUGGGUCAACGUCAAAUAUGGAGCACUUACUACUAAUGAAGAAACAGUACUCUGUCGACAACUUGGAUUCAAAACUACAAAUACAUCAAGGAAAUAUAUUUAUCUUAUUAUCAUAAAUAUCACAAUAUAUCGACAUAAAUUAAAGAGAAUUUUUUAUGUAAAUACACUUAAAUGA